AUGGCGGAUGAGGCUCUGGACGGGAAAGGUGCAGAGCAAGCGGGGACCGGAGAGGAGUUGAGCAAUGAUGCCACGACGUCCACCAUUCUAGACAGACGCGAGAGCAAUGCUAAGAGACGGUCACAUUCUCAGGGGCGGACUGAUGAUGCGGAUCAGACGGCACCGGUUGAGAGCGGUGCAGGAGAGACAGGAUCAGCAAGAGGAUCAAGUAGAGGACCAGCCGCUGGUACUGAAAAGGACAAUGAGGUGGUGACGGGUUCUGCUGAGGAGCCCGCAGAAGCCCCCCUCAGCCCCGAAGCUCUGGAGGCGCAGGUUGCGAAUGCGGGGGGCCAAGCUGACGCAGCUGCAGACCCUUCUGUUGAGAGCAAUGGAGUCAGUAAUGGACCAGCUAGAGACGAUACUGGCGCAGCAGAAGGGACGGAAGUAAUACAACCGGACUCGGAGGCUGCAGAAGGAGACAUUGAGGGGUUACCUGAGGGAGAUGGGGCAGGCCCAGCAGUUGCUGGCAAGGCUGACACUCAAAUAGCACCGCUGGAGGGGGCAUCAGCUGAGGCUGAAAGAAAGCGUUCCAGUGGGCGGGCGUCAACCUCUGUCGAGCGGGCUUCACCGUCGCGUCAAAGUCAAGAAGCGGCUCCAAAUGAUGGGCCUGCUGAUCCUGGUGCGGUUGCUAAAGAGCUCAAUUUGUUGCUGGGAAAUGCUGAGGCUGCUACAGAACCGGCGCUGAUGUCGGCGGACGUACUGGAAACAGCCGGCCAGGGGGACGGGGAAAUCGAGGGAUUCGAUGACGACUUCCAGGUGCCGCAAGCGCCUGCGCCUCCGGAAGACGUGUCCGAGGUGGAACCGGAAGCAGCUCCCGUGCAAGAGGACCUCAUAGCUGCCCAACUGCAAGAAGCAACUGAGCAGCACGCGCGGCUGGUGGCAGAGAACCAGCAGCUGCAGAAGCGGUGCGCUGCGCUGAUUGCGGCCAAGGGGGCGGCCGGCGAAUUCUCCAACGAAGGAGGCUUGCUGGACGACGACAUGCGCUAUAUCUCGAGUUUGCAGCAGUGGGUGGGGGGCGCGGAGGAACUGCGGCGCGUGAGCGCACACUUCGACGGCGCCAUCGAGCGCGCCAAGGACGAGCUGCAGGCGCGCCAGGACAGCGCGGCGCAGAUCCGCAGCAACUACCUGCAGCUCGAGAUGGAGGUCGCGCGCGAGGCAGAGAACAGCCGCACCGGUCGGGGGAUCCCCACGAAACACCUGCGCCAGCUGGACGCGACGGGGCGCGCCAAGGACGAGGAGGUGGAGGCGGUGCGGCUGAAGAGCAUCAUUCUGAAGAACACGCUGACGGGGCUGGAGCGCGCGCUCAAGCGCAAAGAGGAGCUCGCGGACGGCCUGCACCAAGUCGACUUCGAGCAGCUCAAGAUCGAGAACCAGUCGCUCUCAGAGAAGGUGAAGGUGCGCGACGAGGAGCUGGCGAAGCUGCGCAAGAAGGUGUGCACGACGGUGCACAUUUUGACGCACCAGAAGGAGAAGCUGCAACACGUCCACCGCGACGCCGAGGCGGAGGGCUUGCUGCUGGAGAGCUUGGAGCGGGAGGUGGCGGAGCGGCGGGACCGGCUGCAGCGCGCGAAGCGCGCGCGCGACGCGGCGAUGACAGAGACCAAGAACCUGAAGCUGGCCAGCGGGCUCAUCACGCAGCCGGAGCUGCUGAGCGACGUGGCCGCGCAGAAAGAGCUCGCGGAGUCGCUCACAGAAAAGGUUCACGCGCUUCAGCAGCGCCACGCGACGCUGACCGCCAGCCUGAGCCGGGCCGGCCUUUCCGGACUGUCCACCCCGCUGGGCUUCACCCACAACGGCGACACGGGAUCCGCCCGCGAACCCCCGCAGAGUGCCAAAGCCGCGGCCGUGAGUGUCAAGUCGCCGCUCGCAGGCCGCGCCGGGGGGACACCCAAAGACGGAAGCGGGAGGCUGGCCACUGGGUCCGCGGGCCACACGCCGCUGAGCACCACUCGCAGCUCGGAGAAUGUGCCCGGGGUCGCUAUUAGCGCGAGGAGCCUCAAAGCGGCCAAAGCGCCAUAGGCUGGGGGCGUGUGAGCGAGCGGGGGCUGUUCGUGGCAGAUCAGAAGAGGGAACGGAAAUUCUCGAGUACCGGCUAGGGCAUUAGACACAGUGGAAUGGCUUGCUCGUUGUAAAUGGAAGUGCGAUUCUCUCUAUAAGCAAUUUGGCUGUUCCUCUACACCUGGGUCGCUUGGGUUUAUUGAUG